CCCUACUGUCCUUAUAAAGUCUACUAUGGCACCUUGAUCUGUUUUCAAGAAAUCUGCAAAACCAACAAGGCGCAUUGUUCUUCAAGUUAACCCAGGUGGCAGACUCUUCACUUAUAUGUUCUCGUUAGAAUCACUGCAGCAACGACCUGUUACAGGCCAUGGCAUGCACUUCAGUGACUCUCUCUUCCUGUCCAGCAACCAUGACCACCAAAGAUGUCUUCAAAGAACAUAAUGGCCUCCGUCGAUCAGAAUCUGGCAAAGAUCUGCACAAGCAAGCCAUACUCCGAAGAUCCUCAUCAGAGAACCUCCUGUGUUGUUCUGUCAACCACAUACAUGCAGAAACAAUACAGCCUAAGCUAAAGAACAGCCGUUCGUUUGGGAUUUUUCCACUCCAAAUUUCAAGCUCCAUAAUCCCAAACUCAAUUAGAUCAUUUCUGUUUGAUCCAGAAACAAGCAGAGACAUGGAUACAGUGGAGAAAAAUGUCAAUACAGGUGACAGUUCAGAGGAGAGCGAUGAAGAAGAGGAGGUCAAGAGAGGAAAUUGGUUGGAGAGGCUAAUGGAGAUUAGCAGUCAUUGGAAAAACAGGCAGAAAAAAGAGGAUGUAGAUGGAGAUGAGCUUUGUGAUGUGGAAGAGAAUUGUGACUGCAGUUCUGAUGGUGAUGAGGAUGGGUGCAUGGUGGACUAUAACUUAGAAAAGGAAGAAGGAGAAAUGAAAUAUGAUCGUGAAUCAUUUUCAAGAUUUUUGGCUCAUGUACCAUGGUCUGAUACAAAGCGAUUCUCGAAGCUGGCCUUCUUGUGCAACAUGGCUUAUGUCAUACCUGAGAUCAAGGCCAUGGAUUUGAGAAGAUACUAUGGGCUAAGAUUUGUAACGUCUUCCUUGGAAAAGAAAGCAGAGGCAGCUGCUGUAAAAGCAAAACUUGUCAAGGACUCUACAUAUUUACCUGUUGCUUCCCUUGUCAAAUCCAAAUUGGAGGAAGAUGAGGACUCCAAGCAGAAGAAGCGCGCACUUCCCUCGUCUGUUUAUGAGAUUGCAGCAUCAGCAGCAUCUUACGUCCAAUCACGCACAAAAGUCUAUUCAUCUUGUAGCUCUGCAUUGCAGGAUAAGAAUGAAUGUGCAGAUUCACACAGAAGAGUAGCCCAACCAGAUGAGUGGGGAGAAAACUCACCUCGAGUAUACAAAUCAGAGGUGGCUGCAGCAGUGGCAGCAUCAACAAUGACUGCAGUGGUUGCAGCUGGGGAGGAGGAAAAACAGAAGGCAGCAAAGUCCCUACAGUCACUUCACUCAUCACCUUGUGAAUGGUUUGUUUGUGAUGACUUAAGCACGUAUACUUGUUGCUUUGUAAUUCAGGGAUCUGACUCCUUGGCAUCCUGGCAAGCAAAUCUCUUCUUUGAACCUACUAAAUUUGAGGGGACAGAAGUGCUUGUUCACAGAGGAAUUUAUGAAGCAGCAAAAGGAAUAUAUGAACAGUUCAUGCCAGUAAUAAUUGACCAUUUGACUAGACAUGGAGAACGUGCAAAGCUUCAAUUUACUGGCCAUUCCCUUGGGGGUAGCCUCUCUCUUUUGGUCAACUUGAUGCUACUGACCAGGAAGGUAGUCAAGCCCUCCACUCUUCGUCCAGUGGUUACUUUUGGCUCACCAUUCGUAUUCUGUGGAGGCCACAAGAUACUGAGUAAUUUGGGGUUGGAAGAUGGCCAUGUUCAUAGUGUGAUGAUGCAUAGGGAUAUUGUCCCAAGAGCUUUCUCUUGCAACUACCCCAACCAAGUUGCUCAAGUCCUCAAGCGCUUAAAUGGUUCAUUCCGGUCACACCCUUGUCUAAUAAAAAAUAAACUGUUGUACUCUCCACUCGGUAAAUUAUUCAUUCUGCAACCUGAUGAGAAGUCAUCUCCACCACAUCCUCUCCUCCCUCCAGGAAGUGCUCUCUAUGCAUUAGACAAGACACAAUGUGGAUACUCUACAACUGUGCUAAAUGCAUUUCUCAAUUGUCCGCAUCCAUUGGAGACUCUAAGCGAUCCUACAGCCUAUGGUUCAGAAGGUACAAUCUUAAGAGAUCAUGACUCAAGCAAUUAUCUGAAGGCUGUGAAUGGGGUUUUAAGGCAAAGUACAAAAAAGGUCAUUCGCAGAGUAAGAAAAGAGAGAAAUCUGUUGUGGCCACUACUUGCUUCACCGUCUCCACAUUCAUGGAAUCAUGAAAAUAAUUUAGAGAGCAGCAAAUUAGUGACAAAAGAGGCAAUCACUGUAUGACGUAAUUUUACAGGGGUUCUCCAAACAUUAUACAAAGUCGACUCUGAAUCCAGGGUAUAAUGUUUCUUUUUUUUCUUUUAAA